AUGUUCGCCUCGUGGUUCUUCGCCUGCCUCGCCGUUACAAGCCUCGUGGCUGCCGACUGCGCCGAGUGCAGCAACGUAAGGACAAGACAGUCACUACUCGCAGUGGAGACAACCAACGGUCCCAUAAUAGGGCAUAUUGCUCCCGGAGCACCAUCGCAACGCGUGAUCGAAUAUCUGGGGAUUCCCUACGCGAAGCCUCCCGUGGGCGACCUACGAUUCGCCGCUCCCCAGCCGUUGGAUAUCCAAGACCCUUACAUAGCCGCCAACUUUGGCGCAGACUGUCCGUUAACGCCCCCCAAGCCUGUUGACUAUCCUGAGUUUACCCCUCAGGCGCAGCGCAUCAUCAACUAUUUCACCUCUGGCACAGGGACACCACAAAGCGAAGACUGCCUGACGCUCAACAUCUGGUCUAAGGCCACGCCUGCGGCUGACACGGCCAACAAGCCCGUUGUCGUGUAUUUCUACGGGGGCAGGUUCACCGCUGGCAACACCAACAGCCCCUUUUACAACGGCCAGCAUUUGGCCGACGCCCAGGAUAUCGUUGUCGUGACAGUAAACUACCGCACCAACAUCUUCGGGUUUCCCGGCGCCCCGGGCGAGAUGCAGAACUUGGGCCUGCGCGACCAGCGUGCCGCUGUUGAGUGGGUGCGCGACAACAUCGCGAGCUUCGGCGGCCAUGCGAGCCGGAUCGUGCUCGCCGGCCAGUCGUCGGGCGGUGUUGCAGUGGACUACUGGGCUUACGCGCACGAGGCCGACCCAAUUGCGGCCGGCCUAAUCCUCAGUUCAGGCACUGCGUUCAGCUUCCCCCUGAAUGCCCCCGGCGUGCUAGACCGCAAUUGGAACACGGUUGUAAACGCUGUGGGCUGCAACACCACCACCACGAGCACCGACACCGGCACCGGCACGACGCCUGAAGACGACCCCGCUGCCAUGAUGGCCUGCAUGCGCGCCGUGGACUGGACCGCCCUCAAAGCCGCAGCGGCAGCCAUCAAACCGAGUCCCAGCACAAGCGUCCUCCGCGGUAUCCCCGCGUUCUACCCCCAAGUCGACAACCUUCUCGUCUUCCCAGACUACCCAGCGCGCACGGCAGCGGGCCGCUUCGCCCCAUUGCCCAUCUUCGCAGGCCACAACGAUAACGAGGCGGGCUACUACCGCAUCCCCGUCUAUGGCAACAGCAACGGCACCGUCGUGCCCACUGACGACCAAGUCACCGCCUUCCACCUCGAGUCCUUCACCUGCCCCGUUGCCCACCAAGCCGCUGCUCGCCGUGCCCGCGCGAUUCCAACUUGGGUGUACCGGUACUUUGCGGAUUGGGAGAACACGCGCCUGUACCCGGACUCGGGCGCGUAUCACGGGGUUGACUUGCACAUGGUGUUUGGGGCGUCGGAGACGGUCAGCGGGGGGUUAGCACCGUCGGCAGAGCAGCGGGCGCUGACGGAGGUGGUGCAGCGUGCGUGGUACGCAUUUGCGCGAGAUCCUUGGGCCGGGCUGGCACGGGAUAUGGGCUGGCCGCAGUGGGCGCCUGGGCAUGAGAGCUUGGUAGAGCUGGGUGUGAACAACACGGCCAUGCCCCGGUUUGUGGAUCCGGCGGUGUAUGAUGCGCCGUGUGUGAAUGUUGCACCCGGUGCGUUAGGGGUGCCAGGAACAGCUUGA